AUGACCUCAGAUAAAGACAGUGACGAACAGCCGCAGCUGACGGUGGACAUGGGAGAGCAGCCCACGGAGGCCCUGGGGGAGAGUGCGGACGAAAAAGCUGAUUUGGUUUAUGCACUCAAUGACAGGCCGCCUUGGUACCUCUGCAUUCUGCUGGGCUUCCAGCAUUACAUCCUCGCGUUUGGUGGCAUCAUUGCAGUCCCCUUGAUACUGGCUGAGCCCCUUUGUAUACAGCACAACAAUGCUGCCAAAAGCCAGCUCAUCUCCACCAUGUUCUUUGUGUCUGGAAUAUGCACACUUCUCCAAACUACGGUCGGAACCAGGUUACCGAUCCUCCAGGGUGGAACCUUCAGUUUCAUCACACCCACCUUGGCCAUUCUGGCGCUGCCUAAGUGGCAGUGUACCGCUCCGAAGGGGCCGGUGAUUCUGUCCAUGCAGCUGCAUAACAACACCAGCCCGCUGCAAAUGGAAAACAAAGACGACAUGUGGAUGUCGCGGAUGCGUGAGAUCCAGGGUGCCAUCCUGGUGUCGUCGCUACUCCAGGUUGUGCUGGGCUUCUCUGGACUGGUGGGAUUUGUGCUCAAAUACAUCGGACCUCUGGCGAUCGCACCGACUAUCAACCUGAUCGGAUUGUCGUUGUUCAUUGAAGCCGGCAAGAAGUCUGGAGGCCACUGGGGAAUCGCUGCUCUCACGGUCUGUCUGAUCCUGCUGUUUUCUCAGUAUCUCAGCAAAGUGGAUGUUCCACUGAUUGCUUACAAGGAUAAGAAGUGGAAGGUUUUCCAGUAUCCACUCUUCAAACUUUUCUCGGCUUUGCUGGGGAUGUGCUUGAGCUGGUUAGUCUGUUUCCUACUGACGGUCUUUGACGUUCUGCCAUCCAAAUCAGACCAGUAUGGCUUUUCGGCAAGAACUGACAUUAGCCUGGACGCUGUCUCAGACUCCCCAUGGUUCCGUGUGCCUUACCCAGGACAAUGGGGUUUGCCUACGUUCAGCGUAUCGUCCAUCUUGGGUAUGAUGGCCGGAGUCUUGGCGUCCACGAUGGAAUCCAUCGGCGACUACUAUGCCUGCGCACGUCUUGCUGGUGCUCCUCCGCCUCCAACUCACGCCAUCAACCGAGGUAUUGCUGUGGAGGGCAUUGGCUGCAUGCUUGCUGGCCUGUGGGGAACUGGCAACGGGACAACAUCCUACAGCCAGAACAUCGCUGCUCUUGGCAUCACAAAGGUUGGCAGUCGACUGGUCAUCCAGGCCACAGGGCUUCUGAUGAUCAUCCUGGGAAUCUUUGGGAAGUUCGGAGCCGUCUUCAUCACCAUCCCUGAUCCAGUCAUCGGGGGCAUGUUCCUGGUGAUGUUUGGAAUGAUUGCUGCAGUGGGAAUAUCUAACCUACAGUACGUGGACCUUAACUCUUCACGCAACCUGCUCAUCCUGGGUUUCUCCACAUUCAGCGGUCUUGUUUUACCGACCUGGUUUCAUUCCAAUCCUGGCAUCAUUGACACAGGAAUCAAAGAGCUGGAUCAAAUAAUCAUUGUGCUCUUCACCACGCACAUGUUCAUCGGAGGAUUCUUCGGAUUUAUCCUGGACAACACAAUUCCAGGCACGGAUAAGGAGCGAGGGCUGAAGUACUGGCAAGAAGAAGCUAAAGAAGCAGGUGCACACACUUGUGACGUGUCGUGCUACGACAUUCCCUGCUGCAGUUGGAUUUUGAAACGAUGCAGAUGUCUUCAGUACCUGCCCUUCCUGCCAUCCUACAGGACCACACACUAACGCACAUGUGAACAGUCCAACGCUGUCUGACUUGGUACUAUCCAUCCUUUAGUUGAGAUAGCUUUGUAAAACGGAAAAUUGGAUCAAUAGCAACUGUUGCAAUGACACGUAACCUAGUAUGUAAUCGGCCUUAAUAUGUUGGACAUGGGUAAAGUUCUAACCCUUGAUGCUGAGCACUUGAGGGACGUCUUUGAAAUCUUUUGUUGAAUUGUAUAUAGCACUU